AUGAACAAACUGCUGUCGCUGUCGCUGGCCCUCUGCCUCUGCGCCGUGGCGGCCGUCAGGCCACCCACCGGGCGGUAUGAAAGCGUGUCUAAGAGUCUGAACGAGCAGCUAGGAAGAAGGGGGGGGAGCUCCACCAACGGGAAGGCAUUUAACCUGCAAGAUAAUAUCAAAUAUGAAAGGAAGAAUAAUUACGAGCUCUUUGUCGACGCGAAUGGAGAGCUGCAGCAGCAGCGUUUUGGAGUGAAGGAGCCCAGGCAGUUACUAAAAAAAAGUCUCGACCAGUUAAGGUACCUAAUAAACGAUUUGGAAAUCCUCACAGGGGUAUACACCUUCAACGCGAGAGACAAAGAGAAGGUGUUAAAGGAAACACUAAAGCCAGAGUCACUUUGCUUUACCAUGUUUGGUCUCCUAGCCAACCACAUUAAUAAGCUGCUCCAACCAGUGGAGGACUCUCCCAUCUAUGGGCUCAUCAUCAAAGGAGAGAGGAACACCAGCACGAAUGAAGUGAGCAAGGAACUCUCCAUAUAUGUGAUCCUAUCAAACCUAUCUGUGUAUGUUGGAGAGUUUAAAUUCCCCACGUUGAAGACUGCCCCCUACGAGAUUCCUUUCCUCGUUGGCUACUACGAUAGCAAGGGAAGCGGAUUUAAAAACAAAGCCUUUUCCUACGUGUGUCCCCUACCAACGUUCCUAAUAGAUGUUAUUAGAACGACCAAGAUGGGGAUGAAAUUUAAUUUUAAUGGAGCCGACUUGGACGUGAAAGAGUUGUUCCCCGCUUCGCUAUCUCACUGGGUGGAGACGCCAUCCAUGCUGCCUGCACAAACAGGGGACAAGCACGACCGGGAGAGGAAGGCCAUCAUAGAGGUGCUCAAGAAAGAAGCCAAGGAUGUGACGUAUAGGAAGGUACACUCCACAGGGGUAAUUGAAGGGGUGGGCAUUGUGCAGCCACAAGAGAGGAUCCUAGCCUCCAUUUCGUUUGCCAAUAUGAGAGAAACGGUCAAACGUUUUCUGGCCAGCUCGGGAAGAACCUCCAUGGAUGGGUCAUCCACUGCCCUUUACUUCGUCGCUAUCAGUCAGAAGCUCUUUGCCACAAUGAAAGACACCGCGCAGAGGAGAGUCACCCGCGUGGAGGUCUCCAAUGUGGUGCAGAACAAGGCGGGGUUCUUGCAAGGGUAUAGUCUGAAGCUAACUCUGGAGGACUCCACCUUCGUGGCGACGGAGGCGCUCGUGCAGGGGAAGAACGUGUUGGUGCCUCGCGAGUUGCGUGGUGGCAGCGGUGGCGGUGUUGGCACCGCUGGCGGCGCCGCUUCCCUGGAGGUGCCCGUGGCUUACGGGCUGCGCCUGGGCGGCGGCUCGGGGCUGGCGUACAGCUUCGCGGGCCUGGCCUUCGACCUGAGCCGCGCGCUGCCCUACAGCGUGAGCAGCUUGGCCUCCUUCGCGCGCGCGGCGUAG